AUGCUUGGGAUAAAACUCGAGCAUUCAGCGACUCUGCUUCCUGGAAUUCUACAAGAAGCAAGUCAGGCAAAGAAAGACACUAUGUGGACAGAAUUUCCGAGUGCUGUAAGGCUCGACCAACAAAGCCAAUCGAUUUCACCAACAGAUAUCUAUUUAUACGUACCUUCGUUUGGAGAAACUCACAAACAAACGGCUGUACGUAAUCAGAGAUCACCAGGGCAGCGUGGUAGAUCGCCAAAACAAGCCCCACCGCCUCCACAACCUUCAAAACCAUCUCCGAUUAAGCCACCACCUCCAAAGGAAACGCCACCGGAGGAAUCAGAACAUCCGCGCGAAAUCAUUAUGCACGAUGAGCAAGGAGAACCAUGGACAUUACGCUGUGUUUGCAAUGUAAAAUCGGGUGAUGGUCUUCUUGUUGUUUGCGAGCAAUGUGGAUGCUGGCAACAUGCUAUAUGUCUCGGUCUUAACAAUCAUACAAUCCCAGAAAAAUACAUUUGCGAUGUUUGCUCAAAUAAGAAAAUUAGAUGUCGAUGUGGUCGAAAUUUGAGUUUUAGAUUUGCACUUAUUAAAUGCACUAAAUGCGGAAAUUACGUACAUAAACGUUGCGAAGGCCUAGGAUACGGAAAUAUGCCGAAAGGCGACUUUGUUUGUUAUUUUUGCGGUCGAUCGAAUUUCCAUUACGAAAUGCCUCACAUGAAUCCAAACAUACAUCUUGAUGACAAUCCAAUCACUUUUACUCAGCCAAAAAUCGAAGAUCUUCUUCAAGAUUUUUCAAACAGUCCUUUCACAGAUUUCAUUAAGAAUGACCUCGCUGAUCAAACCCUCAAUGCAAGAGAUUUCUGCGAACUCCUCUACGAUAAAUUCCGUUCGUAUUUUUACGUGGCCCAUCCAAGAUAUACGACGCAAUCAUCAAAGAAGAAGAGAAACCGGUUAGUCAUACCAUUCCUUACAGCUAUUAAGUAUUUAUGCAAGCAGUUAUAUGACAUGUCCGAAGACAUUUUCAAAGCUGUGUUUAAUUCACUAAUUACAAACGAUAUAUACAAACCACAUCAAUCCAAUAACGACGAAAUUGAGAAAGACAUCGAAUUUACAGAGAAUGCUCAGGUAGAUAUACAACAUAUGAACCAAAUUGUUAAAUUUACUACUCAGCCACGGCCAGCAUCACUCAGGAAGACCGAAGAUGGCGUUGUUGCAGCUACAGACCUUGCUUCCGAUCAAUUUAUCUGUGUUUUGGAAGGAUUAAUCGGAGAUCUCGAAGAAUUCAACGUAGAAGACAAAGUCGAUACCACAUUAUUCCAAAUUACAGACACCAGAUUCGUUCUGGAUGCCUCCCGAAUUCCUUCUUCCGUUCUCUAUCUCAUGCCAAGAUCAAUGUACGGAAAUUGUUCGAUCAAACUGUUCCAGUACAACGGCACUAUCAUGGCCGGCCUCUUUGCCCUCAGGAACCACCUCGCAACUUCACCAGAUGACGUUCCAACCGGAAUCAAAGCCGGAAUUCCACUAACUCUCGGCGUAGACUGGAUUCCAGCCAUCAUAGAUGAUGUUUCCAGGUACCUCAGUUGGACUUUCUCUGACGAAGAAGAGAGUUCUGCACCCCCUGAGCCGAAAUUCCACAGAACUAACUCUGCAAACUCGAUAACCGCCCAUGAAACACCUCAUUUCUCACCGGCUGAGGCCACAAAGCUGAAGAAGCAGCAGGCGAAGCGGUUGAAAGAGAUCGAGCAAGGUAAAAAAAAACAGAGAAGGAAACCUCGUUCGAAAUUACCAAAUGCUUCAACCGAAAUCUUACUUUUCCCACUGCUCAUGAGCGAUUCUCCCGGUGACUUACUGUUCACAGUUGUAGAUGACCUCGAGAUGAUACAAGCAGAGUCACAGGAAAUUGUAUCUACAAUUGGAGCAAUCCACGUAAGAGCGGACAAUGCUCCAAAGAGAAAUUUGCCAACAGGUGGCCAAAGUUCGGCAAAAAUGAAGCACUCUUGCUCAGCGGAAUCAAGACUAGGAAGAGGAAGACCAAGAACUCCGGAAGCGUCAGAACCGUCACCGAACGAUAGCGACGAUAACGAUACAGCAACCGCCGAUUUAAGUGAUGAAGAAAAAGAGGAGAAAGAAGAGAAAACGGAGAAAACGGAAGACCAGUCUGAUGAGGAAAAUGAUGAACAGGAAAAGGAAGAGGAAAACCAGAAACAAGAUAGUGAUGAUGAGAAAGAAAAUCAAAGAAGUGAAGAAGAAAAAGAAAAUGAUCAUCAAAUUGAAGAAAAAAGUGACAAAAUUGAAGAGAAAAGUGACAAAGCCGAAGAAAAUCAGCAUGAAGAAGAAGAGAAUAAAGCUGAAGAAGACCAGAAAGAUGUUCCUUUGUUUGAUGACGAAAAAGUUCAAAAGAUUGUAAAUUCAAUUCAGAAUGAUUUGAAGUAUAAGGCUGUUAAGACAAAGAGCCCUGCUGAGGAGAUGAAGUCUAUCUUUGGAUUGUGA